UAUCGCCGCUCUCCGUUCCUCUUCUCGUAGGUGCCGUUACCUCUCCAAACAUGCAGACUCAGCCGUAGCUCAUGGUGUUUCGUGGUGGACUGUAUCCAGCUUGUAGCGAACUGGAUGAUCCAGUGGACCAUGGCUACCAAAGAGGACCUUUACAGUAAAAUCCUUCCUCGAAGGUUACGGCAGAACCGGCCAGGCUCCGUGAAGUGUGGCUCCUCCAACCUGGAUGUGCUGUUAUCCAUGGGCUUCCCCAGACCCAGAGCACUGAAAGCUCUGGUGUCAACUGGAGGUCGGAGUGUGCAGGCAGCAUGUGACUGGCUUUUUUCCCACGUGGAUGACCCAUUCCUGGAUGACCCUCUACCCCGAGAGUUUGUCCUCUACCUGAGACCCAGUGGACCCCUUCAGAACCAACUCUCUCACUUCUGGCAGCAGAGCCGGGUCACAUGUGGCAAAAACAAAGCCCACAACAUCUUCCCUCACAUCACGCUCUGCCAGUUCUUCAUGUGUGCUGACCACAAAGUUGAAGCCUUAUGUGAAGCCCUCCAGGCCACCGUCCAACAGUGGCGGGGUCGAUUUCCAAGCCCUCUGCCUCUAGAGCUCUACACAUCUUCCAACUUCAUUGGCCUCUUUGUGGAGGAGCAGGUGGCUGAGGUCCUCAAGCAGUUUGCCGCUGACUUUGCAGCAGAUGCUGCCAGGAAGGCAGAAGUCCAUGUUGAGCCACACAAGAAGCAGCUCCAUGUAACUCUGGCCUAUAACUUCCCCUCCAAUCACCUUCCCUCUCUGGAGAAACUGGCCAAGGGCAUCGAGGUCAAGUUGGGCUGUGAUUGGCUUGCAGUGUUGUUCUCCCGGGACAUUCGUUUUGCAAAUCAUGAGACCCUGCGUGUGAUGUACCCCUACAUGCCUCAGAACGAUGACGAGCUGGAGCUGGUCCCUGGUGAUUUUAUCUUCAUGUCUGCGGUGGAUCAGGGUAGCACCAGUGAGGGCUGGGUGUACGGGACCUCUCUGGGGUCAGGGCUGUCUGGUCUGCUGCCUGAGAACUACGUCAGCUUGGCUGAUGAGUCAGACACCUGGGUCUUUCACGGCUCCCACUCCUUCUUCAGCUGUGGGCCCAGUGAAAGGACCAGCAAGGAAAGAGGGAUGUUUGACGGACUGCUGGACAGCCGGCGCCCUGACAACACGAGUCCUGGGGACACACCUACCCUCAGUCUUAUCUGUCAUCCAAUGCAGCAGGUCCUGCGGAUCAGUGGGAGUCACUCUCGACAGCCAAAGAGGGCACUAUUAGUCUGCCGGCAUGGCGAGAGGAUGGACGUGGUCUUUGGCAAACACUGGCUCUCCCUCUGCUCCGAUAGUAAAGGUAGAUAUGUCCGCUCCAAUCUGAACAUGCCUUCCAGUUUGCCUCUGUGGGGAGGACAGAGAGAUUAUGACAUGGAUGCUCCCAUCACUGUGUUUGGAUCCACACAGGCACGACUAGUAGGAGAGGCCCUGUUAGAGAGUAACACAGUGAUAGACUUUGUGUACUGCUCUCCCUCUCUGCGCUGUGUUCAGACAGCACAAAACAUCCUGAAAGGCCUGCAACAGGAUGGUAAGCUGAAGGUGCGAGUGGAACCGGGGCUUUUUGAGUGGACAAAGUGGGUUUCUGGGAAUUUGCUGCCUGCAUGGAUACCUCCUACUGACCUGGCUGCCGCCAACUUCAGUGUUGACACGUCAUACAGACCUCUGAUCCCGGUCAACAAGCUCUCUGUGUCUGAACCCUAUGAGACCUACAUGAGCCGCAGCUACCAAGUGACCAAAGACAUCCUGUCAGACUGCAAAAACACUGGAAACAACGUGCUGAUUGUAGCCCACGCAUCUUCUUUGGAGGCUUGCACACGCCAGCUGCAGGGCCGCAGCCCACAGAACGUCAAGGAUUUCAUCCAAGUAGUUAGAAAGAUCCCUUACCUGGGCUUCUGCUCCUGUGAGGAACAGGGAGACACAGGCGUGUGGCAGUUAGUGGACCCUCCCAUCCUUCCCCUCACACAUGGACCAAACCACAGCUUUGACUGGAGAGAGACACUUCUACAAGAAUGACCCCCGCCUGGUCCAUCCAGCCUGAUCGUACUGUACUCUAACAGAGACGAGUUUCAGGCCAGCACCCCACCGAAAAAAGUGGAUCCUCUCUGAUUUUAGCCUCAAAGAGGUUCCCUGCCUGAGGAUGAGGAACUGAGAGUCAACUGGGGCAUCUGAGCAAAGUCCUGAAACUAAGGCUAGUUUCCAAUAUUUGGCAAAUGUUAGAAAUCAAAUUUUAAUGCAAGUGAUUUUUGACAGUAUAAGGGAGAAGUUAGUUUGGAUUCAGCUGCUCUGAAAGCUGGCUAAAUGCCGUUGCAGUCUCAGAACGUUUUAUGAAUUCAGCAUGUUCUAUAGUGUGUGUUACGUGAAAAGGUUGAAAUAUUUGAAUGUAUAACAUGAAGAGUGCAGAACUGCCAUCUCAUGUGAUAUUGAAAUAGUGACAUUUAAACAAAGUAAAAGUAGUAAAUGUAGAUUUUUUUUUUCUGCACGAAUUUGACAGAUUUUAUUGCCAACUGAAAAGGUAGGUUGAAUUUCACUGUAGUUCAUGAAGAUAAACUGUACAAUUUCUGAUCAUACCAGCUGGUUCACCCGCUUUUUGAGAAGCCUGUAGAGGACCACAUUGACUUCUGCUUAUACUUACAUCAUUCUUGGUUUAAAGUUGGUGUUAAAACACAAAAAACUGUGGCUGUUUCAAAUAAUUUUUCAACAACCUUUGUUAUGUUAUGCAGAAAAGUACUGGGUAGCUAUAAAAAGAAAUCAUUGUCAGGGUUAAAAUCAAAGAUUGUGCUCAAGUAGUGGACAGGGUGAUGCCUUUUCCCCUGAAGUACAGAUUGUUUUGGUAUCAACAUUUCAACUUUAAUAAGUCAUGCUUCAAAGAGCAUAUUUCAGCAAUAAUCCAGAAACUCUAGGAAAAAUGUCAUAGGCUUUUUGUUGGUGGGACUGACAAGAUGCUAAUUUCUUGGUUGGCCCAUAAAGCAUCAUCCCAGUAGCACUUUAUUUAACUCUGCAUGAGACCAUUAUCUAUUAAAUUAAAACUGAAGAUAAUUUGAUACUAAUUAGAGUACAGACACUGAUGAAGAGAAUGUUUAAGGCGAUAAAUCGAAUGAAAAUUGGGAUUAUCACUUUUUAAAAUAUAGCUGUCUCCCCCUGCUGGUCUUCCACACCAUUAAUGGCAGUGGAAGUUCAGAACUCUUCAGCUAUGGGAUCAGCAGAGAGUUGGUUUUACACACCAUGCACCUUAGCAGUCCUUGACCCCACUCCGUGAUUUCAGGUGGUUUAUGACUGAGUUGCUGUUAUUCCUAAACGCUUCCACUUUCUAAUAACAUCACUUACAGUUGACUGUGAAAUAUCCAGCAAGGAUGAAAUUUCACAAACGGUCUUAUUGCAAAGGUGGCAUACAUCACAGUACCACGCUUUACGUCCCUAAGCACUCAGAACGACCCAUUUUGUAUCGCUAAUGUUUGUAAAAAGAGACUGCAGGGCUAGGUGCUUAAUUUUUUACGCCUGUGGCAACGGGUCUGACUGAAACAUCUGAAUUAGAUAAUUAACAGGUGUGGCCAAAUACUUUUGUCUUUAUAGUGUAUUAUUAAAUUCAUACCUGAGGUUCUAAUUAAAGGAUAGUCAGCCCAUAUUGUCCUGUUGUCGAUACACAGUGACAAGUCCACAAUCUUCUUUGUUCUUUUUAUUUUCUGAGCACAGACCGCUAGCAUCACACUAAACAAUUCUGCUAUAGCUAACUGCCUCGCUCAGUUUCAAAGACAGCAGAUAACAUCGUUAUGACGUCAUCCUAUAAUGUCAGAAUCACACUUGUAGUGUGGCCAGUCUGUUGGUAAAGAUAGGACAAGAUUAUUGGUGCAUAGUCCGACAUGUUGCCAUGGUAAAAGACAAAAUAAAAAAGUGUCGUCUCAUCUGACCGUUAAGUGUUCAUCAGGGACUCUCAUGAUUCUCCAAACAUAAUGUGACCCCAUGUGACAUCUUGUCUCUAGUUUAGCACCGUAUGUAGCAUAUCCAUUGCAGCAGGGUCUUCUAACAUUUAUGUAUUGUUUGUAAUGAAAAUAAACAGACACUUUAACAGCACAACCUGCACUAGAGACAAUCAUACAGUAGCUUGUGAUUCUGGUUCGGCAUUUAUAUAAGUGUGCAUUUGUUAAAGUUGGUGAAGGGUUCAGAGGGGCUGUAAAUAUAUUUUUUUAAAGAAAAGUCUUCCUGCUGCACUUUUUCAAAAUGUAUUUAAAAAGAUGGAUAAUAACUUCUUUCAGCAUGCAAGGAUUUAUUUAUGCUCAAAAUCUCAGGUGUUGAAUGCAUUCAAGACAUGAACGUUUAUGCGGCUUCAAAAAGUUUUAAAUUGCUUCAGUGACUAUGUUGUUGUGACAGAGACUGAUAUGAAAAAUGUUGCUAUCUUUGUCUUUUAAGAACCAAAAGUGACCAUACUUUAAUGCCAGGGUUGUUCCUGUUUAGUCACUUUCCAGAUUUAGAGGUAAAAGCUGCUGUAUAGCCCAUUUUUUACUGUAUUUUGAACAAUAAUUUAAAGAAGAAAAAAAUUUUCCCAUUGUGGGACUUUUAAUACUAUCUCUUCAGACCUGAAAUGUAUGGAGGAAACUUUUACUAAAGUAAUAAUGAGUUAGAAAGAUUUCUUCACACAUGCAAAAAAAAAAAACUCAAAUAUUUCAUGUUAUUUUUGGGUUAACAUGACACAAUCAGCCACAGCAAGCAAUUUUCAGAUACAAUUACUGUAUGUGAAUGAGAGCGGGUGAAGAUGUUUAUAUACUGUGACUGGCACAACAGUGGUUCAUGCAAUAGAAUGCUUCAUUAUGUUUUCUGUAUAUUCUCCUGUCUCUUUUGUUACACUAGGGAUGCAAAAUAUCAUGGGAACAAUAUUGGUGUGGCAGGUAUGACAUCAGCCUAUAUCUGCAGUAAAUAUCAGCCCAUAUCUGCUGUGAAUAUUUACCCAUAUCUGCUAUAGAUAUUGGCCCAUAUCUACAGUAAAUAGUAGUCCACGUGUGCUGAUAAUAUUUGACCAUAUCUGUUAUGAAUAUUUGCCCAUAUCUGCUGUUAUAAUGGCCGAUAUCUUCAAUAAAUAGCAGCCCAUAUCUGCUUUUAAUAUCUGCCCUUAUCUGCUGUAGAUACUGGCCAGUAUCUGCAUUUAAAAUCAGCCAAUAUAUGCAGAAAAUAUCAACCCAUAUCUGCAAUAAAUAUCAGCCCAUAUUGCUGUAAAUAUCAGCCAAUAUCAACUGAAGAUAUUGGCCAAUAUCUGCUGCACAUGUUUUCCCAUAUCUGCAGUUAAAAUCUGGCAAUAUAUGUGGUAAAUAUCUCCCUAUAUCUGCAAUAAAUAUCCCCCCAUAUUGCUGUGAAUAUUGCCCUGUAUCUGCUGUAGAUACUGGCCAAUAUCUGCUGCACAUUUUGUCCCAUAUUUGGGGUAAAUAUCAGCCCAUAUGUGCUUAGUGUACUGAAGGACUGAUUUUGUUCUUUGUUCAUACUUAAACUUUAAAUUGUGCUUUAAAGACUGAAGUUUUAGGUUUGAAAUGCAUUCUCUAUAUCAGUAUUGAUGUCAGUACAACUUUGUGAACAUGUCAGAUAUUGGCAGAAAUCUAAUACCAUACAUCCUGUGUUUGUCCUGUGAAUUGUCAAAUUAAGUGCUGUUAGUCAUAUUUUAGAUACUUUCUCAAGGCUUAAAAUACUGGAAAUAUAUGACUUAUUGAACUGCCAAUAAAAUACUAAUAGACUGGUGUUACUCAUCCGGGAUAGUUAAUUUUAGAUUUCUGGAUGGCAAUAGGUAGCCAAUCUGGUGGCCAAAAGAUCAUAUCCUCUCUGCAACAAUGUUUCUGUGACAUCAUGAUCAGGCUUAUGUAGUGUAAUAGUCUAGGUCGUUUGUCAUGUAAACAGAAUUUAUAGAAAGCAUUCUUAUUUAAUUGAAGUGACUUAAAGACAAACAUGAUGUAGCUAUGGCAGCAGUUUCAUCAGAAAGAGACAGCAUUUCUUCAUUGGAAGAAGAGUUAAAAGCCACACUGAAAGCUUUUCUUUCAGUGUAUCAUAGAAAUAAAGUUUAUGAUAUGGUGUGUUUAUGUAAAUUAUUACAGCAGCAUAAGUAGGGAGCAUGUGAGAAAACAAGGAAGCCAUUUUGUUCCUACUAUCUUCAUUGUCUGAACACAACGCCAAAUUGAUGUACAGCAGUUUAAGAUACUUCUUUUGAAAUCUGUUGAAUUGUCAUUUCACAUAAAUUGUGUCUGUAGGCUUAAUGUACAUUUAUGAUCAUUUGAAUUUGUAUUCUGUUGUAUUUAAAGUGUGAAGGGGAGAAGUAAGAACCAUGUCAGUCAAUGUAUGUGAUAACAGUGCUUAUUGGAAUUUUGCUUUUGUUUUGACUGAAAUCUGAAUAAAAUAUUUUUUUACAUAGCAACAACU